UCCAGUGUGGUUCCUGUGUCCGUUCCUGGUCCGUUCAUUCUUGUUUUCUUCUUAAAAAAUGUUUUUCAGCUCGCUUGGCGGGGAGUUUACAUUUCUGAGGGGUUUUAGGGUGUACUGUCGAUAAAUUUUACAUUUGAGGGAACGUUUUAUAACUGUCAGGAGCAACAAGAUGGUCUCAUGUUUAUAAAAUAUUGAGCAAGUUGACAGUCAACAUCGUGACGCGACUUAUAGACAAAUCUUUGUCAGCGAUUUAAUAUCGACACUAAAUAAAUAUAAAUAAUAAUCAAUGAGGCCAGAUGACUGAGGCCAGUUCACAGUCAUGGAGAGUCCAAAUUUGCCUUCUGAGAUCAUUACCUACAUAUUUAGUUUUCUUCAUGUAAUGGAUCGAAAGGAAGCGUCACUGGUCUGCAGGAGCUGGUACAAUGCAAGCCAAGACUAUCCAUUAAAGAGAAACUUCACCUUCAAGUUCCCAGCAUCCUCCUCUUCUCUGGGCUUCAUCCGAGGUCUUGUGAGACAUCCUCGCUGUGGCCUGGUUAUCAGCCAUCUGGAUGGGUCCAGUGUGUCCAGGCAGGUACUGCUGGAGGUCGGGCUUCACCUCGGGCCUCGGCUGGACAGUCUGGCUCUGCCUGGCAGCAGUAUCACUGAGUCCUGCCUGCUGGAGCUCCUGCCCCGACUGACCAGCCUCCGCAAGCUGGACCUGCAGGGCCUCGACAGCCUCUUCAUGUCUGGAGCUUUUCUGUCCAGAGAGGAGCACCGGCGGAAGGUCUAUCGUGCUCUGCUGAACCUGGAAGAACUGAACCUGUCUAAUCUGCGCUACCUCUCUGACCUCUCCUUCAACCGACUGACCAUUUGCACUCCUGGACUGCAGUGUCUCUCUCUUUCGGGAUGCCACAUCUCCUUCGAGUUCGACCCGUACCGAGGCUGUCCCGUGGGCUCCGGCUCCUCCGCUCUGGUUUCCCUCCGAAACCUUCUCAAUCUCCUCCAGAAGCAAACCUCCAGCCUCCGCAGCCUGGACCUGAGCCGCACCGGCAUCACACCAAAGUCCCUCCGCUCCAUUUCCAAGCUUCGCGGCCUCCGUCUGGAGGAGCUGAAUCUACACGGCUGUAAAGAACUGACCGAUUACUCCAUCGAGAUCCUCUGUAAGUAUCAGAGCGGCCUGCGGAUGCUGGAUUUGAGCGGCUGUAUGGAGCUGAGCUGCAGGGCGGUGCUGGCGGUGGGUGCGGAGCUAAAGGAGCUGAGGGUCCUGUCGUUCUCGCAGGACUGGAAGAUCACAGAUAAAGGCCUGGCCGAGCUGAUGAUGCUGCCGCAUUUGAGGAGCCUGGAUCUGUCCGAGUGUCUGCAUGUGAGCGGGACAGAGCUGGUCAAGGGCUUGUCCGGUCCAGAACCCAGAGCACAGGUGGAGACCCUGAGCCUGAGGAACUGCACCUAUAUUAGGGAUUCAGUGGUGUUUUCGCUGGCUCAGCUGCUGGGUGUUCAUCUGCGAGAGCUGGAUCUGUCCUCCUGUGUUUAUCUCACUGAUCUGAGUGUUCGGGCCAUUGCCACCUUCCUGCCCGCUCUGCUUGUGCUGCGGCUCGGCUGGUGCAAGGAGAUCUCGGACUGGGGGCUGCUGGGCAUGACGGAGCCUACCAAACACUGCCAGCCCUCAGACAGAGAGGAGGAUAAAGGGCCGAGCUUUACUAGGACGUUUGGAAACAUGGGCUUUUUCCAGCCUCCGAGCCUGCCUUUCCAAGAGAAGCCUCGUCUAGUGACGGAUGAGGAUCUGGAGGAGUUCAGGGAUCAGCAAGGAGCAUCACUGCUGGCCCUCAGAGAACUUCAGGUGCUGGAGCUCACAGCCUGCUCAAAGCUCACCGACACCAGCAUCACACAGGUCCUCCGUUUCCCGGAGCUGCAGCGUCUCUCACUCUCCAUGCUGCCCGAGAUCAGUGACGACAGCCUGGUGUCCGUAGCUCUUCACUGCAGCAGCCUCACCAGCCUUUCGCUCAGCCACUGUCCUCAGAUCAGUGAUAAGGGCAUGGCUCGAGCUCUUCCGCUUCUCCACAGACUCCAGCAUCUCUAUCUGGCCUGCUGUAACGCCAUCACCAAUGAAACUCUGUCCAUCAUUGCUCUGCACUGCGACAGACUGCGGACCCUCGACGUGUCCAUGUGUAAAGACAUAACAGUGCACCAGGUGGACCUCCUUCAGUCCCGACUGCCCUUUCUGGAGAAAGUCCAGUGCCGCUUUGCGAACGGGGCAGAUUUCACUAUGGUAUUAUGAAGCUAUAGCAUCCUGCUAAAGGUGUGUGGUAUUUAUGAUCUAUGAUAAUAGCCUGCAAGCUGAUAUUAGAUUUUUGAGGGCAAAACCCCCUAAAAUAUUUUACUUUCACCAAAGAAAAUUGUUCAAAACAAAUCUGGAACUGAGCUAAUGUCACUUUAAAAAGUGACCACAGUGUAAACUUAUAUUGAGUUGGAGAGAGCUCAACCAAAAUGAAACCUCCUCCACUUGUUGAAUUUCUUUCCUCUGUUGAACACAAGCAAGAUAUGUUGGAGAAAUUAUGACAGCUUUCAUUUUAGGUGAACUUUUUCCAUUGAGAAAUGUUGGCCGUUUUUAUAACCAGAGGCUGUGGGUCUUAGAAAUUUGAACAAAGAUGGCAGACAGAGAGUGUUCAUCUGUGGCAUAUAGAUAUACACACAGAUACAGCCGCAAUUCUCUGAUUGGUUGAAUUUGUUGUAACGCAGGGGUGUCCAAACUCAGUCCUGUAGGGCAGUUGUCCUGCAGACUUUAGCUCCAACCCCUAUUAGACACACCUGAACCAGCUAAUCAAGCUCUCUCUAGGUAUACUAGAAACAUCCUGGCAGGUGUGUUGAAGGAAGUUGGAGCUAAAUUAUGCAGGACACCAGCCCUCCAGGACUGAAUUUGGGCACCCAUGUUGUAAAGCAUCAUCAGUAAUGUGGUUUAAUUAUUUAAAAAAAUUAUCUACAAUUGAUUAACAACCUCAGAUCCCACAACAGGUUUUCACUGAAACUCUUUAUGCUUUCAUUAUGAAGAAGACGUGUGGUGUUUUGACUUUUGGAAUCCAACUGUUGCUCUAAACAGUAAAACAAUUGUCUUAAGGUAAUAUAUUUAAAGCACUUUAAACUCAGGUAUAAAAGAAAAAUCUAUUCCUCCUUUGUGUUUUCUGGCAUGUGGCCAUAAUUUAUGAAUUAUUAAUAUGCUACUGAAUGUAUCCAAGAGUUUUCAGCAGUGUCCGUGCAUUUCAAAUGAUUCCAACAUGAUCUGCUAUUGAUUAGUAGAUAUAAAACUAUACUUCCACACUGUAUUCCUGGCAGUGUCAAUAAAAUUUUAUAAGAAUAA